AUGCUGGAGACGGGAACAAGUUUCGCGGUGGUCGAGAGCUUCUUCACGAUCCUGGCGUCACUUUCAAUGAAGGGCAUCAGUUACGUCCAUAAUAUACUAGGGAUGCGGGUGAAGAUUAGGAGCAACGGCGCAUUUCGCAUCGAUCAGGAGGAGGCGAUCAAGGAGCUCCUGCGCGCACAGGUGAUGAGUGACGCAUAUUAG